CAAUCAUGGCUUGUGGUCUGGUCGCCAGCAAUCUGAGUCUCAAACCUGGGCAGUGCCUCAGAGUGCAAUGCGAGGUGGUCCCCGAAGCCAAGAGCUUCGUGCUGAACCUGGGCAAAGACGGGGACAACCUGUGCCUGCACUUCAACCCUCGCUUUGAAGCCCAUGGCGACGUCAACACCAUUGUGUGUAACAGCAAGGAUGGCGGGGCCUGGGGCGAGGAGCAUCGAGAGUCCGCCUUCCCCUUCCAGCCCGGGACUGUCACAGAGGUGUGCAUCUCCUUCGACCAGGCUGACUUGACCAUCAAGCUGCCAGAUGGAUACACCUUCAAGUUCCCCAACCGCCUCAACCUGGAGGCCAUCAGCUACCUGGCAGCUGAUGGUGACAUGAAGAUCAAGUGCCUGGCUUUUGACUAA